AUGAAACUCAUAGACAUCACGGGAGGAUAUUGCUUCUUCGAAGUAGACUACACUGAAGGCAAUGAUGCAGUGCUGCUAAGUCCAACUGUUUUGAUGGAGCCACAGAAUAGUGAAGAAAUCUUGUGCCUGAGUUUCUGGUACAGCAUGUUUGGAGCAGAUAUCGGCUCACUGACUGUUUAUUUGGAGUCUGAAAAUCAAGCGGAGAUGUUUCUCGACCCACCUGUCUUCACUACGAGUGGGCAGCACACAGGGCGGAGGUCGUGGCAACGAGCUUUGAUUGACAUCAGCAAUCAAACAUCCGAUUUCAAAGUGGUUUUCCGAGGCAUCAAGACCAAUGAUGGAGAUGAGGGAGAUAUGGCAUUUGAUGAUGUUGGAAUUUAUUCUGGAGCCUGUCAACGAAACUUGGAUUUCAACUGUGACUUUGAAGAUGGCACGCUGUGCGGCUGGAUGCAUUCCAAAGAGGAUUUGUAUUUGUUGACAGAGCGAGGAGACACUUUGUCAGUUGGCACUGGACCCGAUUUUGACAAGACCAAAGGAGAUAUUAGUGGAACCUAUUUGUACUUAGAGGCAUCUGAUUCAGCAACCGGAGAAUCUGGGACCAUAGUCAGUCCCCUGGUGGAAACCCGGUUUGUUCAAAACAGGACAAUCAGUUUUUGGUACAACAUGUACGGCGGCGGAAUGGGCGCUCUUCGCUUAUUUGUGGAAUCAGCGGAAUCCAAUACUUCUGAGCAAGCGUUUGUCGUCCAGGGCCAACAAACAGAUGCGGACGAGUGGCUUCAAGCAGUAGUGGAAGUAACAAAUGCCCCACCGGUCUUUUCCGUCUAUAUUAAAGCAACACGUGGUACAUCCUUUCAGUCAGAUAUUUCAAUCGACGAUAUCAAAAUUUCGCCCGAUAUAGACACAGAAGCCCCAGUCGUUACCUGCCCCUGCACACUAAGCACGGAGACCGAUACAGGCAGAGCGGAUGCUGCUGUGACCUGGACAUCGUCACCAUCAGCCACUGAUUAUGUUGACACAUUCAACUCCAGUGACAUACAUUGCACGGACACAGAAGGCAAUGUUGCGGUGUCUGGUGGAAUGUAUGGACUAGGCACGACGAAUAUAACAUGUAAUGCGACCGAUACAGCCAUGAAUACUGGAUCAUGCAGUUUCAGCCUUUCUGUUCGUGACAAGGAAGCUCCAGUUGUUACCUGUCCCAACACAGUGACCACGAAUACCGACACAGGCACAGCGGAUGCUGCAGUGACAUGGACAUCGGCACCAUCGGCUACCGAUAAUGUAGACACAUUCACCUUAAGUGACAUAGGUUGCGCAGACACAGCAGGCAAUAUUGUGGUAUCCGGUGGAGUAUAUAGACUAGGCACAACGAACAUAGUGUGUAAUGCGACUGAUGCCGCCAUGAAUGUUGGAUCAUGCAAUUUCAGCAUUACUAUACGGGACGGAGAAGCUCCAGUUGUUUCCUGUCCCGACACAGUCAACAUGGACACUGAAAAGGGAAAAGCACAUGCUGCGGUUUCAUGGACAUCCAUGCCAUCAGCUACCGACAAUGUUGACACAUUCACCUCAAGCGACAUACGUUGCACAGACACAGCAGGCAAUGUUGUGUUGUCUGGUGGAAGGUAUGAACUGGGAACAACGAGAGUAACAUGCAGUGCAAGUGACGCUGCUGGGAAGAAUGGAUCAUGCCAGUUUUCCAUCGAAGUUGUAGAUUCGGAGCCUCCGAAUGUGACCUGUCCCGACACAGUAACCAUGAAAACUAGCACCGGUAGGGCAGAUGCCGCAGUGACAUGGACACCAUUACCAACAUCGACGGAUAACGUUGAUCUCUUAACUUCAAGCGACAUAGAAUGUGUCAGCAGCGAAGGUUUUGCCGUAGUAUCAAGAGGAUUGUAUGGAGUUGGCAAUACAACAGUUACCUGCAGUGCAACCGAUGCUGCCAGGAAUAUUGGAUCAUGCCAAUUCACCAUUCAAGUUGUUGACAAAGAGCCUCCUCAAAUUAUCUGUCCCAACGGAGUUGCUUCAAAGAGAACUGAUGUUGGCAUGCCGAAUGCAGUUGUGACAUGGACUCCGAUGCCAUCAGCCACUGACAAUGUUGACAUAUUUACUUCCAGCGAUAUACAGUGUUUAAAUGAUGCGGGUUCUUUUGUCGUGUCUGGUGGAGUGUAUAACUUGGGCACAACAACAGUGACAUGCAAUGCAACUGACGCUGGCAUGAAUGCAAUAUCUUGUCAAUUUACAAUCGAAAUUAUUGACAAAGAACCUCCCGCGCUUACCUGCCCUAUAACAGUGACUAUGGAUACUGACAAAGGUAGAGCAGACGCUGCUGUGACAUGGACACUAAUUCCCUCAGCCACCGACAAUGUUGACACAUUCACCUCAAGCGACGUGCGUUGCACCAACACUGCAGGCAACGUGGUGGUCUCUGGUGGAAUGUAUGGACUAGGCACCACGAGAGUUACAUGCAGCGCAAGUGAUGCAGCUUUGAAUACAGGGUCGUGUCAAUUUAUCAUUGAAGUUGUUGAUUCAGAGCCUCCGCACGUUACCUGUCCUGACACCGUAACUAUGACCGCUGGCACUGGUAGAGCAGAUGCCACUGUAGCAUGGACAUCAUUGCCAAAGUCAACAGAUAACGUUGACCACUUGACUCUAAGCGACAUAGAAUGUGUCAGCAGCGAAGGUUUUGCCGUAGUGUCUAGAGGAUUGUAUGGAGUUGGCAAUACGACAGUUACCUGCAGUGUAACCGAUUCUGCCAGGAAUAUUGGAUCAUGUCAAUUCACCAUUGUAGUUGUCGACAGAGAACCUCCCCAAAUUACCUGCCCCAACGAAGUCACUUCAAAGAGCACUGACAUUGGCAUGCCAAAUGCAGCUGUCGUGUGGUCAUCGAUGCCAUCAGCCACUGACAAUGUUGACAUAUUCACUUUAAGUGACAUACUGUGUUCAGAUGAUUUAGGCUCCGUCGUGGUGUCCAGUGGAGUAUACGAGUUGGGCCUAACUACAGUGACCUGCACCGUCACUGACGGGGCCAUGAAUGCAGAAUCGUGUCAAUUCACCAUUGAUGUCAUUGAUACGGAAGUUCCCAGUAUUUCUUGUCCUGAUUCAGUAAUUUCCGUGAGUGCUGAGAGAGGCCAGUCUACAGCUUCUGUGACGUGGAUUCAAUAUCUGUCCGCCAAUGACAACGUUGAUAGCCUGACAUUGAGUGACAUCCGGUGCGAAAACAAUGCAGGCGCUACUGUGGUGUCUGGUGGAAUGUAUGGACUUGGCUCGACGACGGUAAUAUGCAGUGUAACCGAUGGUGCCAUGAACACCGGAUCGUGCCAGUUCACCAUCGAAGUAGCCGAGAGUAACAUUAAUGGAGCUGUUAUUGCCAUUGCUGCCUCAACUGGCGCCGUUGUGUUUGGCUCCAUUGUUGCCAUUGGUGUUAUGUGCGUUCACUUGAUGCGACGUGUACCUGGCUAUGGACUCAGCAACGUCCUGAACUCGUUUUCUAACCAGAAUGUUGAGUGGGAGGAGAGACCUCGUGAAUACCGUCGUUCAGCCAAAUACGAUAUCCAAUUUUACGGUCAGGAAGAUGACAGUUUCCCCAGACAAUACGUCGUUCCUGGUCCGGCAUUUGUAGGAAACAGAGAUGGAAGUUUUAACGACGCUUUCUACUAUUAGAGAUUUUUGAAAACUUGAUCCUCGGGUGAAAGAAAUAGAAUCGGGGAAGACCGAAAAACAUUCAAACAAUAUCCAAGAUGUUCUAUAUUCAAACUUCACCGUCGUGCUCCCAAACCUUUUUCACCUUAAAAGCGUUAAAUGAGCGUCAACUAGUAUACAUAUUGGAAUUGCACUUUAUUUACUCUUUAUAAAUGUAUGUAUUGAAUUACAAUAAAAUAUAUUCAGGCAAAGCUAAGAUCAAAGCUACAUUAUGCACAUUACCCUUGCUACGAAUAGGCUCAACUCUGAAAGGGCCAGGGUAGAUCCUGUCCCAGUAUUCAGCUGUUUAAUGCAUGAUCUUUCAGAAAAAAAGUUGACGUUUAAAACAUUCCAGUGCAUAGUUCAGUCAUAACGGUCAUUCGAAGUUCAUGGCCACAUAAGUCUGAGCCUUCGUGCAUUUGGUACGUCAGUAAAAAUACUUUGAAUAUUUUGCUGACCAGUCUCAGUAAAAACAAAAUAAGAAUAAUAGGCUUACAAUAUAGAACAGUAAUAGAACAGUACGCUUAUGUCUGAUGUUAAUAGAAAUGGUGUCAAAAUGACGGCAGGAAGUUAAAAAAAUACCUGUGAGAGUUUGGUGCUGAAAAAAAUGCCCAAGUGUUAUUGGAGGAAAUCGCAAUGGGUGGGGGUUGAAUUCUGCCCACGGGUUAAACCUUUUUAUAAGAUGUAAACUCUGCACUAAGCAGGUGCAAUGUGAUUUAACUAACGCUUGAUUGCUUUUAAGUAUUCAUGAUUGCAUGCUACUAUUGGGUGCUUCUGUUUCAUAUCCUUAAUUGAUCUACAUUAAGAGCUUGUUAUAUUAAAAAUGUAGAAUGGGAAGAAACCAAUUUUUGGGUACGU